AAUGUUCAAGUACAGAGUUGAUCUCCCAUUUAUUUAGGACUUUCCAUAUUAAAACAUCUACGUCUUGUAUUCGCAAUAUAUACAUAAUGUUUGUUUUGAGUCAGACAUCGCGAAAACAUUUUGUUUGGUCAAGACUUAAAGUGCUCCGGUUCUCUUAACGGAUGUCAUUAUCUAACCUUAUCUAUUUUAAUUGUUUCGUCGAGUAUAAAAGGACGUUUUUGUCGUGUUUUAAGAAAAUUGUAACGAACGAGCUCGUACGACCAACAAGUAUUAAUUUGGCGUAUUUAACGAACGAAUUUUGCUUUCUAUGUGCUACUGAAGACUUCCAAAAUGAAAACCAUUUACUUCGUUUUACUAAUAAGCGUCUGUGCGGUUAGCGCAAUAUACUUGCCUGACGAUUCGAUUUCAGCUGAUCUAGAUAAGUAUAAGUCAGAAAGUUUUGGGUCUAAAUUAUAUUCCGAAAGCAAGAGUUAUGACGAUGACAACGACAGUGACAGUGAGAGUGAUAAUGAAAAUGAUAGUAAAUAUGAUAGUAAAGAUGAUAGUAAAGGUGAUAGUAAAGAUGAUAGUAAAGAUGAUAGCGACUACUCAAAGGAUUCUAAUAGCGUAGAAAAACUCGAAAAAGAACGCCAGAAACUUCUCAAAAAGGAAAAAGAAUGGAUUCUUAAAAAAGAAAAGAAAGAACUAGAAAGAAAUCUUAAGAAACAAAAGAAGGAAUUAGAAAAGAACCUUAAAAAGGAAAAGAAAGAAUUAGAGUUGCUCUAUAAAAAAGAAAAGGAAGAAAAAGACUCAGAAUCAAAAAGUAUUGAAAAUUUAUACAAGCAGGAAAAAAUAUGGGAGAAGGAAGACAAGAAGUCAAAAAAAUUAGAGGCCAAGGAAAAAAAGAAGCUUGAAAAAGAUGACAAAAAGAACCAAGCGAAAAAGGGCAAGAAAAACCAAAAGAAAGAAGUAAAUGUGGAUAUUGAUAUAGACCAGGAUUCUAAUGAAUUCUUGAAUGUCGAUAUUCUUGUUGAAAAAAUCUACAAUGGCUACGGUUUAACUGAUUUGAAUACUGACAUAGAAAAGAAAAUUGCUUUACAAAAAUUCCUUGAGGUAGAGUUGGGAAUUAGUGCAAAAAGUACAAUCGAAGAGCGUAAUCAAGCCAUUUUAGAUUUUGUAACAAAAAUUUCAGUCAAUACUCAGACUAAAGAUGUAGCUCAAAAGAAUCUUUUUGACAAAUUGAAUAUUCUUGGUGUUAAUUACAUACUGAAAGAGCUAGAAAAUGAAAUCAUUGAGCUUGGAUCAGACGAACUUAAUAAAAUUACUAACCCUUUGAUAAAUACAGUCGAUCAAACUGUUAAAGAAAAGACUUAUUUAGUGCAAGCUGCUUUAAAUGCUUUGACUGGAUUUUAUGCAAAGCCCAAAUCUUCUGAAGGCUGGAUUAAUGACGUCAUCCCCUUAACGUCUGACACAGCAUCAUCAUCAUGGGAUGCUGCAACAUCAAAAUCUGACGCAUCGUUCAAGGCUGACGUAGAUUCUGAAGCUUCAGAGACAGCGCUACCAGCAUCUGACGCUGAGAAGUCUGAAACUAACACUGUUAGUCUUUGGAACGAUGAUGUAACUCCUUCCAAGAAUGUUAAGUCAGUAGCUGCAGAUGUCUCAGUGACGGCUGACGGUAAUACUGCCACUGUAGAUACAGAAACAAGUUCGUCGACUAGUGUAGCGGGAGCUACAGUAGAAAUAUCAAGUAAAGGCCCAGUCGUGGAUUUGAUCACAGAUGCUGCAAUUUCAACUACAGCAGUAGUAGCAAAAGAUGCUUCUCCCUCAGAAGGCAGUGAAUAUGUUUCUGCAGACACUUCAUCUUCAUCUGCGAUUGUUACGAUUCGGUCCGAUGAACCAACAGUAGAUGGCAAACUAAUUAAUGAGGAGCCUAAAGGAACCAUUAAUGAUGAGGUGACACCCGCUGUAAAUGAAGUUUCAAGUGGACCAAGUACUAUUGUUGCAGCACCUGCUGUUGUUGUAAAUGAUGUAAUUGAGUCUCCAACUGGAGUAAGCGCUACCGAAGUAAUUAAUGAUGAGGUAUCGGUAGGUUCCAAAACUAUUGUUGCAGCACCUGCUGUGGUUGUAAAUGAUCCAAUUGAGUCUUCAACGGGAGCAAGUGCUACCGAAGUAAUUAAUGAUGAGGUAUCGGUGGGUUCCAAAACUAUUGUUGCAGCACCUGCUGUUGUUGUAAAUGAUGUAAUCGAGUCUUCAACGGGAGCAAGUGCUACCGAAGUAAUUAAUGAUGAGGUAUCGGUGGGUUCCAAAACUAUUGUUGCAGCACCUGCUGUUGUUGUAAAUGAUGUAAUUGAGUCUUCAACGGGAGCAAGUGCUACCGAAGUAAUUAAUGAUGAGGUAUCGGUGGGUUCCAAAACUAUUGUUGCAGCACCUGCUGUGGUUGUAAAUGAUCCAAUUGAGUCUUCAACGGGAGCAAGUGCUACCGAAGUAAUUAAUGACGAGGCAUUGGUGAGCUCUAAAACUAUUGAAGUAGAAACCACUACAGCAGCCGAGGUUGUGGCUGAACCAGCAGUUUUAAAUACCGAAGCGCCACAAGAUUUGAGUACGAAAAUUCUCGCAGAUGCUGUACCUGAAGCUGUAAUUGUAACAGCCCCAGAGGCUGAAACUGCUAUAACCACAGGAUCUCCGACAGUUGACCUAGAAACUAUUAAGCCAGAAGUAGUUACAGAAGAAAUUGUGGUUGUUGAAUCGAAACCCGUAGAAACUGUCACUGCAGAAACCGGAGCAACUUUGAUUGAAGUCAAAUCUCAAUAAAAACUAUGAAAAUGCAAAAGUUUAAGAUCAAUAUAUUAUUUAAUCGUUUUAUAAUUUUGUAAAAGAAGUAAAAUCUACUAAUGAAUAUUAUUUUUAAUAUAAGAAGCAGCAUA